GAUUAAUGAAACUUGAAUUGGGCGAAGUUCGGGCUGAAGCCCAAGAAAAGGCCUUGAAAAAACCCAAAGAACUAACACGUGCCACACACGUGGGAGCUGUCAGCGUCAAAUUGUUCUUCCUCCUCUCUCUCUGAUCUUUCGCUUCAAUUUCCCUCCCGCAAUCAGCACUGUCUUUUUCUCUUCUACAUACAGGAAUUUAUCCUCCACCCUGAUUUCCAGACAUAGCCGCGCAACUUCUACGUAUUUUCAGUUCUACCCCCUUUUCAUUUCAAUUAAACCCCUACUGGCAAACUGAUAAUUCAAACUACCGGUUUGCACGAUCAAUUUUUAGUUUUCUUAUUCUUUUUUUUUUAUAAACCCAAUUUGUUUUACAUGUUGGGUUUUUCUUUGUAAAUGAAUCUCGCCUCUUUUAAAUGGCUCAAUUUUCUAAUUUUUUUCUUUAUUUUCACUAUAAACCCUUGUUUUUCCGUUGUUCAAAUUGAUGAAUUCUCGAUCAUCGCCUUCGAUGUCGACUCUUUUCACGGAGACUACACUCCCCCGUCGCCUCCGCCGCCUUCACUGCCACCGCUUCCACCUUCUCUCUCGUGCGAAGAAGAUUUAAAAGGAGUUGGCUCUCUCGACACAGUCUGCGAGCUCAAUUCCAGCUUGAAUUUUCACAAAGAUGUGUAUAUAGCAGGAAGCGGCAGCUUCCACGUACUUCCUGGUGUCGUUUUGAGUUGCCCUAUAAAGAGUUGCUCGAUAUCCAUUAAUGUGAGUCAUGGGGAAUUCAGUUUGGGUCAAAACUCCGGCGUGUUUGCCGGGACAGUAUUCGUUUCGGCUUGGAAUGCAAGUUUCUUUGAAGGUUCAGUGGUAAACGUAAGUGGCUUAGCUGGUCAACCCCCGGCUCAGACGAGUGGAACCCCUUCGGGGAUUCAGGGCGCGGGCGGGGGCCACGGAGGGAGAGGCGCAAGUUGCGUCACAGAUAACACCAAACUGCCGGAUGAUGUGUGGGGAGGAGAUGCUUACUCUUGGUCAUCGUUGGAGAAGCCUUGGAGUUAUGGGAGUAAAGGAGGGACGACUAGUAAAGAGGAUGAUUAUGGAGGGGAAGGAGGUGGGAGGAUAAGGUUUGAGGUGGAGGAGACGGUUGACGUUGGCGGGAGUUUAUUGGCAAAUGGAGGUGAUGGGGGCGUAAAAGGGGGUGGAGGCUCUGGUGGGAGCAUUUAUAUCAAGGCUCAUAGAAUGACUGGAAGUGGCAGGAUAAGUGCCUCUGGGGGGAAUGGAUUUGCUGGAGGUGGUGGUGGAAGAAUUUCAAUUGAUGUUUUUAGUAGGCAUGAUGAUACAGAAUUCUUUAUUCAUGGAGGAACAAGUUUUGGCUGUAAAGGUAAUGCAGGUGCUGCAGGUACAUAUUAUGAUGCUGUGCCUCGGAGUCUAAUAGUUAGCAAUCACAACAUGUCAACAAGCACUGACACACUUUUAAUGGAGUUCCCUAAACAACCACUUUGGACAAAUGUUUAUAUUCGAGAUCAUGCCAAGGCUUCUGUUCCUUUAUUUUGGAGCCGUGUUCAGGUUAGGGGACAAAUUCACUUAUCAUGUGGUGCAGUUCUAAGCUUUGGCCUUGCCCAUUAUGCUUCAUCUGAGUUUGAAUUGAUGGCAGAAGAACUUUUAAUGAGCGAUUCAAUUGUCAAGAUAUACGGGGCUCUUCGUAUGUCCGUCAAAAUGCACUUGAUGUGGAAUUCCAAAAUGCUUAUAGAUGGUGGUGCUGAUGCUAUUGUAGCGACGUCCUUGCUUGAGGCCAGCAAUUUGGUGGUCCUCAGGGAAUCUUCAGUGAUACAAUCUAAUGCAAAUUUGGGAGUUCAUGGACAAGGUUUUUUGAAUUUGUCUGGACCAGGGGAUAUGAUUGAAGCACAGCGUUUGAUCCUCUCAUUAUUUUUCAGUAUCAAUGUUGGAAGUGGAUCUAUUUUGCGAGGUCCCUUGGAAAAUGCCAGUAACAAUGAUAUGACCCCACGGCUCUACUGUGAACUUCAGGAUUGCCCCAUGGAACUUGUUCAUCCACCUGAGGAUUGCAACGUGAAUUCUUCAUUAUCCUUCACCCUUCAGAUAUGUCGUGUUGAAGAUAUUGUUAUUGAGGGCGUUAUAACAGGAUCUGUUGUUCAUUUUCACUGGGUUAGAAGUAUCAUUGUUCAUUCUUCUGGAGAAAUUACCACGUCUGCACUGGGUUGCACUGGUGGGGUGGGUAGGGGAAAAGUACUCAAUAAUGGUCUUGGUGGAGGUGGAGGACACGGUGGCAAAGGUGGGAAGGGAUACUUUGAUGGCAGUUUUAUUGAAGGUGGUGUUUCAUAUGGAGAUGCUGAUUUGCCUUGUGAACUUGGUAGUGGUAGCGGAAAUGAUAGUCUUGCUGGCACAACUGCUGGUGGUGGAAUAAUAGUGAUGGGUUCAUUGGAGCACUUAUUAUCAAGUUUGACUGUCUAUGGUUCCCUUAGAGCUGAUGGAGAAAGCUUUGGGGAAGCUAUCAGGAAGCAGGCCCAUAGCACCAUUUCAAACAUAGGUCCUGGCGGUGGAUCUGGUGGAACUAUCCUUUUAUUUGUUCAUACAAUUGUGCUUGGUGAUUCUUCAGUUAUCUCGACUGCCGGAGGACAUGGCAGCCCAAGUGGUGGUGGCGGUGGAGGUGGUGGACGGGUUCACUUUCAUUGGUCAGAUAUACCAACUGGGGAUGAGUAUCUUCCCAUAGCAAGUGUGAAAGGAAGCAUUAUCACCAGGGGAGGCUCUGGCAGAGCUCAGGGUCACACUGGGGAAAAUGGAACUAUCACUGGAAAGGCCUGUCCUAAAGGGCUUUAUGGUAUCUUUUGUGAGGAAUGCCCUGUUGGGACUUUUAAGAAUGUCAGUGGAUCUGAUAGAGUCCUUUGUCUUGAUUGCCCAUCUAAUAAGCUUCCAAGUCGAGCCUUAUAUGUUAAUGUUCGAGGUGGUGUUACUGAAAGCCCCUGCCCUUAUAAGUGCAUUUCUGAAAGAUAUCAUAUGCCACACUGUUACACUGCACUUGAAGAGCUGGUAUAUACUUUUGGUGGGCCAUGGUUGUUUGGUCUUAUUCUUUUAGGCCUUCUCGUCCUUUUAGCACUAGUUCUUAGUGUUGCAAGGAUGAAAUAUGUUGGUGGGGAUGAAUUACCAGCUCUAGUGCCUGCCCGUCAUGGCUCUCGAAUAGAUCGCUCAUUCCCUUUCCUGGAGUCAUUGAAUGAGGUUUUGGAGACAAAUAGAACUGAGGAAUCCCAAACUCAUGUGCACAGAAUGUAUUUUAUGGGACCAAAUACAUUUACUGAACCUUGGCAUCUACCUCAUUCUCCACCGGAGCAAGUAAUUGAAAUUGUAUAUGAGGAUGCCUUCAAUAGAUUUGUGGAUGAGAUUAAUGGUUUAGCUGCAUAUCAGUGGUGGGAAGGAUCAAUCUACAGCAUUCUGUCUAUUCUUGCGUAUCCACUUGCAUGGUCCUGGCUACAGCAAUGCCGAAAAAAUAAAUUGCAACAGCUACGUGAAUUUGUUCGAUCUGAAUAUGAUCAUUCUUGCCUGCGUUCUUGCCGUUCACGUGCUUUAUAUGAAGGGCUCAAGGUCGCUGCAACCACAGAUCUAAUGCUUGCAUAUGUGGACUUUUUCCUUGGUGGAGAUGAAAAGAGGAAUGACCUUCCUCCUCGUCUUCAUCAAAGAUUUCCAAUGUCUUUGGUUUUUGGAGGAGAUGGAAGUUACAUGGCUCCUUUCUCUCUUCAAAGUGAUAACAUUCUUACUAGCUUGAUGAGUCAGUCUGUUCCGCCAACCAUAUGGUAUCGAUUAGUGGCUGGUCUAAAUUGUCAAUUGCGCCUAGUUCGCUGUGGACACUUGAAACUUACUUUUGGUCAUGUUAUUAGCUGGCUUGAAACACAUGCAAACCCUACCUUAAUUACAUAUGGUGUAUGUGUUGAUCUUGGGUGGUUUCAGCCAACUUCUUCUGGUUAUUGUCAGUUUGGACUUAUAGUAUGUGCUACUGGCAAUGAAAGUGUGUGGUACUGGACUGGACGUCAAGAUAGAUGUUUGCCACCUAUGGAGCAUUCAUGUAGGAGAGACUCAGUUGGUUGCUCAGGAGCCAGUGAACAUUUAAGGACAUGCCAAAGGAUAUCUGGAGGGAUAUUGCACGCAAAAAGCUUACGAACACUUAAAAUGAAGAGGGCAAUUUGUUAUCCCUUUUCCUUUAUAGUUUACAAUACCAAGCCUGUUGGUCAUCAGGAUCUUGUCGGUUUGCUUAUCUCUAUAUUACUUCUAGGAGAUUUUAGCUUAGGUUUGCUUACGUUGCUACAGUUGUAUUCGAUAUCACUGCUGGACUUCUUUUUAGUUUUGUUCUUCCUUCCUCUUGCAAUACUCUUUCCAUUCCCAGCUGGUAUCAGUGCCUUGUUUAGUCAUGGACCGAGACGAUCAGCUGGCCUUGCACGUGUAUAUGCUCUAUGGAAUAUUACAUCCUUGAUCAAUGUGGUAACUGCCUUUGUUUGUGGAUUUCUACAUUACUGGAGCCACUCAAGCAAAAAGCAUAUAAAUUUUCAGUCAUGGAAUUUAAGCAUGGAUGAAAGUGAAUGGUGGAUGCUUCCUUCUGGAUUAGUGCUGUGUAAAAUUAUCCAAGCACGACUUAUUGAUUGCCAUGUGGCUAACCAAGAAAUUCAAGAUCAAUCAUUAUAUAGCAGUGAUCCGGAUGUGUUCUGGCAAUCAUGAAGGAUUUUUUUGAAUACUUACAGCAGAAGUUAGAAAGAUGGUCAGGCUUUUAGGAAACUUACCCCAUUCUUCUCCGUUUUUUGGUGUUGGGUGUGAAAAUGUAGUUCUUCUUAAUUUGAGUUAGGCAGUUUAAAUAGGAUAUACUUAGUUUUUGUAGAGUCAUUGUGGGUUUCCUUGUAAUUGAGUGUGAUGGAUUAUUGAAUAGCAAAAUGGUAUAUAACUGAAGGAAGUAUGACGACUGACUGAGUGUAAAUGACGGAUUUGGUACCUCAAUGUAUAAUUUGUACUUGUAAUUAGGUAAUCACAGAAACAAGGAAAUGAAUCAUUGUUUGCCUCCCAACUUAGGCUUCUAUUCUUUUCAGUACUAUGGAAAUGGGUUUUCUUUUUUCCAUAAUA